AUGAUUGAGGAAGAGCUUGAUUUUGAAACUGAAAUAAUCAAUGACAAAAAUUAUAAAGAUUUACAAAUUGGUACAAGUGCUUACAGAAAAAAAUUAAAGGGUAAUAAACGAAAAAUAAACUCAGCACUUAGAAUUGAAGGCAAAGAUUAUAAAAUUAGAAAAGGGACUUCGGUUAAAAAAAAAUUGGUUCUCACAAACCCCUGCGUCUCAAAAAAAUGCCAAAAUGCUUGUGGUUACAUUAGUGAAGAAAUUAGACAAGAUGUUUUUGAUUCUUAUUACCAACUAAAUAGUCAGCAAAGAAAGAUUUCCUAG